AUGCCUAACCAUAUUCACACUGUGUUAAUAGCGGCUGCCGUGUGUACGAAAGCGGGGAAAACAAUCGUUUCCAGACAGUUUGUGGAAAUGACCAAGGCUCGCAUCGAAGGGUUGUUGGCCGCGUUUCCGAAGCUAAUGACUUCUGGCAAACAACACACAUUCGUUGAAACGGAUUCCGUGCGCUACGUGUAUCAGCCGCUGGAAAAGUUAUACAUGUUGCUGAUCACCACGAAGGCAAGCAACAUUCUGGAGGAUCUAGAAACGCUUCGGCUGUUCUCGAAGGUGAUUCCGGAAUACUGCCGUUCACUGGAGGAGAAAGAAAUCAUCGAAAAUGCGUUCGAUUUGAUCUUCGCCUUCGAUGAAAUCGUUGCGUUGGGAUAUCGCGAGAGCGUCAAUCUAGCGCAGAUUAAAACGUUCGUCGAGAUGGACUCGCACGAGGAAAAAGUUUACCAAGCGGUACGACAAACCCAGGAACGGGAAGCGAAGCAAAAGAUGCGUGAACGCGCGAAGGAACUACAGCGUCAGCGCAUGGAGAUGAAGAAGAGUCAAUCGGGAGGACGUGGUGGUGGCAGUGCUUCGGGAGGUUUUGGCAACAGUUUCAGCAGCAGUGGUGGUAUAUCUAGUGACAGUAUUUCAUCGCUCAGCACACCGUCGGCUAACAUAGCCGAAAUAAACAAGCCUGCACCAGCUGCUGCAAAAUCAACUGCUCCUCGGAAUGCGCUUAAACUGGGUGGAAAAUCUCGCGAUGCAGACACCUUCGUCGAUCAACUCAAGAACGAAGGCGAAAAGGUGGUUUCCACCCCACUGCCAACUGCGGCCUCAUCGGCCUCUGCAAAGGCGAAGCCAGUCUCUGACGUACCGAUGGAUUCCGUGCAUUUGCGCAUGGAGGAUAAGGUGGUGAUUCGUAUUGGCCGCGAUGGAGGAUUGCAAACGUUCGAGCUGUCUGGAUUGCUUUCGUUGCGUAUAUCGGACGAAAAGUAUGGCCGUAUCAAAGUACAGUUGGAUAAUACGGACCAGCGCGGCAUUCAGCUGCAGACACAUCCGAACGUGGACAAAGAGCUGUUCCGCAGCGCGAAUCAGAUUGGGUUGAAAAAUCCGGCCAAGCCAUUCCCGCUGAACACGGACGUUGGUGUACUGAAGUGGCGCUAUCAGACACAGGAUGAAUCUGCCGUUCCGUUGACUAUUAAUUGCUGGCCAUCGGAAAAUGCAGAAGGUGGAUGCGAUGUGAAUAUUGAGUAUGAACUGGAGCAUACUCGGUUGGAGUUGCAGGAUGUUUGCAUAACGAUUCCUCUACCAAUGGGUAUUACGCCAUCGAUUGCCGAGUGCGAUGGUGACUACAAUCAUGAUUCGCGGAAGAAUCAAUUGCUGUGGAAUCUUCCGGUUAUUGAUGCUUCCAGCAAACAGGGCUCGAUGGAAUUCAGUGUACCCAGCUCCAUUCCGGGUGACUUUUUCCCGCUUGAUAUAUCAUUUUCAUCAAAAAUUCCCUAUGCCGAGCUAGCACCCGCGAAAGUAAUGCUGGUAGAAGACGGUAGCGAUGUGAAGUUCUCGGCCGAAACAGUUUUCUAUACGGAUAAGUUUGAAAUAGUGUAA